CACGAGCUUUGGGACACGUGAGGGAAGAGUGGUGUGGCGGCUGUUCACUUAGGGUUGACGGGUCGAGGGAGUGGUGGUGCUGCUCACUGAUGCUGCAGCGGCUGAGCAGAGGCUUGCUGAGGUGAGCACAGGCACUGCACUGAAUGAGAAACCACACACUAUUACAGACAAUGCUGAGGAAGCACCAACAGCUGAGAGGAGGCAGGAGGAUGGCCACAGAGACACAGGCAGGGAAUGGUGGUGGUGGUGUGAGGGAGACAGGCACCACUGGAGAGGGGGAAGGGGAGGUGGGCUUUGUGGUGGACACGCAGCCUUACACUGUUGUGACGGAGGGCAAGGCUGAGGUGCUCUUCCCCGCCUCCCACGAUGUGUUCUAUAACCCGGUGCAGGAGUUCAACAGAGAUCUCAGUGUGGCCGUUCUGCGAGUGUUUGCGGUGGAGCACAAGAAGGUAGAGAGAGAAAGGAAAGAGAAGGAGAAGGUGAAGGAGAGACGGAAGCAGGAGUAUUUGAAGAAACUUGCCAGCAGCCAAGACAGCAAGAUAGAGACAAGGACAGCUGAGAAUGGCAACGCUGAGAGUGACAAGACUGCCAGUGAGGUGAAGAACGACCUGAACACAGAGAAGAUUGAGAAAGACACCAUAGAAGGGAACACUGACACACAGGGAGUUGAUGAGAGUGGAGAGGACGAGGACAAGAACAUAAUCAUAGGAAACACAAGUGGGAAGGGUAAAGAGGCGAAAAACGAAAAAAAAAUUGACCUUCCACCACCUGGGACGAAAGACGAGGAGGGCAUAAGUAUCUUGGAAGGUCUUGCGGCGUCGGGUCUUCGCUCCAUCCGUUAUGCUCGUGAGGUGGCUGGAGUGAAGGAGGUGGUGGCCAAUGACAUCUCCAAACAGGCGCUGGAGUGCAUGAGGAGGAACAUUGAGCAUAAUAAAGUGGCUCACCUUGUCAGGCCUAGCCACAAUGAUGCCAGCAUGGUGAUGUAUGAGAACCGAGCGCGAGAGAAGAGGUUCCACGCCAUAGAUCUUGAUCCCUAUGGUUCCCCGCACAUCUUUCUCGACGGAGCAGUGCAGAGUGUGGCUGAGGGGGGCAUUCUUCUGGUGACCUGCACAGACAUGGCAGUGCUCUGCGGUAACUCCCCUGAGACCUGCUAUGCCAAAUACGGAGCGCUUUCCCUAAAGAGCAAAGCUUGUCAUGAGAUGGCCCUGAGGAUAGUGCUGCAGUGCCUGGAGUCCCACGCCAACCGCUACAGCCGCUACAUUGUGCCGCUGCUGUCCCUCAGUGCUGACUUCUACGUGAGGGUGGUGGUGAGGGUGUUUUCCAGCAAGGCCAAGGUACAGGAGUCAUUCACAAAGGUGUCAUGGGUGUACCAGUGUGUGGGCUGCGAGACUGUCACCAUGCAGCCACUGGGACGCAUCCUGACCAACAAGAAGAGCAUCAAGCACCAGGUGUCCCAGGGACCGCCUGUGGCUGAGUCCUGCUCCCACUGUGGCCACCGCCAUGUGGUGGGCGGCCCUGUCUGGUCUGCCCCCAUCCAUGAUAGGGAGUUCCUGAGCAGCCUGAAGGAGUCCCUGGUGGAGGAGGACUUCACCACCUACCGCCGCAUGCUGGGGGUGAUCAGCAUGAUGGAGGAGGAGCUCCCCGACGUGCCACUGUACUACGUCUUGGACCGCCUCGCCCGGGUGGCCAGCAUCAACUUGUGCAAGAUGGUACAGUUCCGCUCUGCUCUGCUCAACGCAGGGUACAGGGUGUCCCUUUCACAUGCUGAUCCUGCCUCCCUCAAAACAAACGCCCCUGCCAGGGUGGUGUGGGACGUGGUGCGGGCCUGGGAGAGGCAGCAGCCUGCCAGGAAGACCCCGCUGCCUGCCGACCACCCGGCCCGGUUUAUCCUGCAGCAGGACAUGGGUACAGAAGUGAACUUUGACCUGCAUCCCAACGCCAAUCCUGAGUCACGCAAGAAGGAGCUGCUCAGAUUCCAGGUCAAGCCAGAAAAGUUCUGGGGCCCCAAGUCCCGUGCCAAGACCAGCCUGCUGCAUGGCACGCUGGAGGAGAAGAGGACACGCAACCAGGGCAAGAAGAGGAGGCAGCCGUCACCCCAGCCAUCAGCUGUCACCAAGCAGCCCCGGGAGCAGUCACCCCCCAAAGUGCCCCAGCAGGACCAGCAGGUGGUCUAGCAGUGCAAGGUAGGCUGCUAUGUGUCUGUCUGUGUGUAGUCCUCUUCUUAGUGAAUGAUUCCUCUCUGCACAUUCUGCUUAUUCUUGAAUUUUGUACGAGUUUGAGAAAGGAUGAUGAUUUCAAGCCAAGACAUGCAAUUGUUAUUUAUGUGUAUGAAAGGAACUUUAAGAUGUCUCAUGGACACCAGGAAGUACAUACAUUUACUUUCAUGGACAUGGUUUUCUAUUAGUUUCUUCUUUAGCCUGUAAGUGGUUAAUUUUGAUCUUUGACCAAAGGAAAAGGAAAUGUGCAGAUGUGGCAGUGUUGUGUACUCUGCUGUUAUUGUGUUGUACAGCAGCUCCUUGCUGGUUGGUGCAGACUAAUACUGCUGUGCUCUCAAGUGUUAUCCUUUGAUUGUUUGAUUGGACAAAGUGGAUUAGAACUUUGUUAUUUCAUCUCUAAUGUUUUGAGAGGAAGAUCCCUUUCUUCUGUGUCAGUGUUUGUUACCUGGUUGUGGCUUGGGAAGGAUCUCAGGUGUGUGAGAUAAAAAGAAAGAAUAGAAACAUUGAGGAAGUGAAAAGAUGAGUUAAGCCAUAAAAGAAGUGUUAGCAAACAAUGAACAAUGACACACAAAUUUCUGAGUGCAGUGUUAGAAGAGGCAGAAUUGAUGCAGUGUUGACACUUAAGUACUCAAUGUAAGGCUACUUCUUUAUCAGAGAAAGAAGUGUGUGUAUACUGUUGUUAUUUUUAUGGCAUACUGUUAACAAAUCAUGUCAUGCCUACUGAAUUAUAUAUGAUAAAAAAAAAAAAAAAAAAAAAAAAAGCGGCAUAUUUUAUUAAUAGCUUAAAAUGUCCUUGCAUGUCUCUUCUCGUUAAGAACCCUCUGAGUUAUGAGACCAUCUACCCGAAUCUCCAGUAAUUUGACAUCAAACAAUGUUAAUUUAGUGACUGACACUAACUCAAUAGGCAAAGGUAUUCUGCAAA